UCAAUACAACUGACGGCCAUAUUUGCCGGUGCUGCUCUGCUGUAAACAAAAAGUGUCUGAGAGACGGACGCUUCGCCGAAUUUAGGGACAUUUUUAUUUCUGUAAUCUAUUACGUCUCUAGGAAUGUCUUACAAACCUAACCCGCACCAGCACAUCCCGGGAACUUCGGGGAACCAAGGUGGGAACAUUCCUUCUCCUUCUUCAAACAUCUCAACAGUUCAGUCUUACAGACCAAUAAUAAAUGAUUUUGGGCCACCGUCAUUGGGAUUCUUACAGGGUCCAAAUGGAACCCAGGCUCCUCAGAGCAAAUACGCUGAACUUCUUGCCAUCAUCGAAGAGCUAGGGAAAGAAAUUAGACCAACGUAUGCUGGAAGUAAAAGUGCUAUGGAACGACUCAAAAGAGGUAUAAUUCAUGCAAGAGGCCUUGUACGAGAGUGUUUGGCAGAAACAGAAAGAAAUGCAAGAUCUUAGCAACAGGAUCCUGACUCACCAAAGAGCAGAAUAAUUCUUUCCUUUCUUUUAUACAACAGAGAGCUGCAUGGCUUCACCAUAACGGAGGGAUGAAACAAUCAAAAUGUUUGCUUUUGGUAAUGUUAAGUCAUGCAUUGGAGUCAUUGCAACAUCAUGCAGAGAAUUUUAUCCUCUAUGUGAUGAAUGCAUCAAGAAUUUGAUCAUUGCUGUUUGAGGUUUUAUUUCUCUUAUUACUAUUAUUACAUUUUUUUUCUUUAAGAACAAGCAAGCAAAACUGCAUGUAAGGGAAAUAUGGACCCAAGUUUGAAAGUGCAUGGCUCUUAGAGUAGGGGGCGGCCUCUUGAUUAAGUAUGGGGAUCACGUGAAUGUUUUUGCGUUUAGAUUCGGGACAUACUGAGGGCAGUUAUAGUACUGCCAUUAUUAGUCUUUUAUUUAUUACCUUGUGUAAUAAAAUGUAUUUUCAUGUAAAAAGACCACUUUUUGGAAUUUUGUAUAAAUACCAAUAAAAGACAUUUGUUGUGUA